AUGGAAAGUGUAAUGAAAAUGGUACGUUUGAAUGCAUUGAAAAUUACUUUGGUGAAAAUUGUGAAAUAUAUUGUAAUAAGAGCAUGACCAACGGAAAAUGUAUCGAGAACGGCACACGAGACUGCAACGAAAAUUUCUUUGGUGAAAAUUGUGAAGUGUAUUGUAAUAAAAGCAUGAGGCAUGGAAAGUGUAACGAAAAUGGUACGUUUGAAUGCAUUGAAAAUUACUUUGGUGAAAAUUGUGGAAUAUUUUGUCAUAAGAGCAUGAUUAACGGAAAAUGUUUUGAGAACGGUACACGAAAAUGCAACGAACAUUUUUUUGGUGAAAAUUGUGAAGUGUAUUGUAAUAAAAGCAUGAGGCAUGGACAAUGUAACGAAAAUGGUACGUUUGAAUGCAUUGAAAAUCACUUUGGUGAAAAUUGUGGAAUAUUUUGCAAUAAGAGCAUGAAAAAUGAAAUUUGUUACGAGAACGGCAUACGAGAAUGCUAUAAAAAUCACUUUGGUGAAAAUUGUGAAACGGUUUGGAACAAAAACGUGACAAUCGGAAAUCACAGCUAUGAUGAAAACUACUUCGAAAAUAAUUGCUUGGAGAUUAUUAAACACAUUGCAGAAGCAAUAGCAAUAGAUAGAUUGUCAAUGUAUUUAAAGUGCUAUGCUUUCAUAUGCCAAAGAAAUUAUGAAAACAUUUGUGACAUUGUUUUCGAUAAAAUGAAGUUGAAAUGUACUGAUGCACUGACGAGGAGGAGAUCUGAUCUGCUUUGGUUGACCCUGUGUAGUGGUUAUCUAUUCAAAAACUGCUUUAUUGACAUCAACAACAUUCAUUUCAAUGUAAGCCUGUUGUUUAGAGGAAACUUGACAGAAUCAGGAAUUCCACAGGUGUUUCAAAAUUUAUCAAACAUGCUAGGAUGCGUCCAGGACAGAUUCAAUUACAACAUCGUCUCAGUAUCUGCACAGAGAAGAAAAUCUGAAAAGUUUUCGAUAACCACCCUUGCGUUUAAUUUCGCAUGCAACAACUCAUUAAUGACACAGAGUGAAUUGGAGAAGUAUCUAUUAAUCAACCGCUCAGACCUGGACAAAAAGUUUCAUCCUCCGAUAAUAUUAAAGAAGGGGUCCAAGCAAAUUCAACAAUGGGAGCAGGACUGGUUAACGAAACACUGGAAAUUGACGACGGCUAUACUAGGAGCUGUGUCUAUAUCGCUGAUCAUUGUCCUCGUGGCUGAGGUUGCGAAAAUGCGGUAUCGAAAGUUACAAUAGGUGUACCCUUUCACAUUGUCGGAAUGCAGGGGAUCGCCCACAGGACGUACACAUACCUCAUCAAACAGCACCAAGAUUGCACCGCCUGCAAUUUUUGCCUCUGAACUUGAUCAAAGUUUAUCUAUGGCUCUUAUCACAUAUGAAGCCCAAGUCUGAUUGGGCGCAAUUUGCAUGUUUCUUCCUCUCGUAAAUGCCACAAUAUUGUAGAAUGUAAGUUACAUGUACUUGGAUUGUAUGUGGUACAAUGUUAAGCUUCCGGAACAUUCUUAACAGUACAAUUCGUAAAUAUGUCAUAUUUCCGGAACAUUCUUACCAGUAUAAUUCGUGAAUAUGUCAUAUUUCCGAAACAUUCUUACCAGUAUAAUUCGUGAAGAUGUCAUAUUUUCGGAACAUUCUUACCAGUAUAAUUCGUGAAUAUGUCAUAUUUCCGGAACAUUCUUACCAGUUUAAUUGGUGAAGAUGUUAUAUUUUUGGAACAUUCGUACCAGUAUAAUUCGCGAAUAUGUCAUAUUUCCGGAACAUUCUUACCAGUAUAAUUCGUGAAUAUGUCAUAUUUCCGGAACAUUUGUACCAGUAUAAUUCGUGAAGAUGUCACCACUAUAUAUACUACAAAGACGCAUCAGAAAGAGAACGUGAAACUAAAGACAAAGUAUUUAUUUCAAAAUAUGAACCUUACUUAAAUGCUACAUAACUUGGUAUUUCAAAGUAUUAAUAUUUACUUCUUCCUGCAUUUAUGUAAUAUUACAAUUUUACCGUGUUAUUUUACCAACGUUUUAUUACAUGUAUGAUAUAUCCCAGUGAACUCAAAAUAAAAGACACCACAGAGUCGUUCA